UACACCACUGUACCUAAAUUCCCCAUUAUUCUUUAGACAGCACGUCCAAACAGCUAUCUCCUUAAAGUUAAAGAUGUAGAAGAUAGUCUUGUUUCACUCCAAAUUCCACGCCUAACGUAGAGCACAUAAAUUCCGAUAGUUUUCUAUUCAUUGGUCUGAUAUCACCAUCGCCACCCAUUCCCCACUUCAAGAGAAAUCACAUCAAGCUGCAGUUCAGACGCCAAGCCAUGGCAUGAUAUGUGUCACCACGCACUAACCCGGAGCAGUUUAGCUCCUUUCUCAGUCUCUCCCCUGCUCCCCUACCCAGUAUUCUCCUGCAAAGCCUUCGACUUUUUAUUAUUCCAGUGGUUCCCUUCAGAACAAUUCCAGGACGAAUCACCUUCUAGGAGUCGCCCUUCUGUUUGUUCCUCCUGUCAUUGCAAUCUGCCAUGUUUCUUUCUUUCUGCGCCGCCUGCAAAUUGCAUCGAAUCAGGUGACAACUCUUCCUUUCUGUAGGUUGACUGACUAAUCCCAUUUGCUUCGAUUCAAUGAGCUCUCCAGAGUACCAACCAAUAUGGCCACCAUCGAAUGCAACAGAUUGCUCGCAGCGCUUCUGUAGCAUCUAUUGCCCUCAGUGGUGCUAUCUGACAUAUCCCCCUCCUCCCCCCUUUGGUCUCGAUGACCAGGACUCAGGCUCAAGUUUCUCGCCUCUGGUGAUCGCUAUCAUAGGUAUCCUUGCCAGUGCUUUCCUUCUUGUUAGCUACUAUACCGUAGUGUCCAAGUACUGUGGCAAUUGGGAUAGAUUCACAAGGCGUUCUCAAGGGGACCCAGGUUUUGACGAAACUCAUCAUGUUUCUCUAUAUGAACCGUGGCAUGCGCUAAACUCUGGAUUGGAUGAAUCUGUGAUAAGAUCUAUUACUGUUUGCAAGUAUAAAAAAGGUGAUGGGCUCAUUGAAGGCACUGAUUGCUCUGUAUGUUUGGGUGAGUUUCAAGAAGGUGAAAGCCUCCGAUUGCUGCCAAAGUGCUGUCAUGCUUUCCACCUUUCCUGUAUUGAUCGAUGGUUGCAAGCACACUCCAGUUGUCCUCUUUGUAGAGCAAGCGUUGUAUACCACUCCAUUCCAAUUUCGCCCCCAUUGCCGCCGCCGGAAAUCGCUAUAGUGGUGCCUGAGGAAUCGGUGGCAGAACCAACAAACUCUCCAGAGAAUGGAGCCCGCGUUGAAAUUCCAGCGGUCCAAGAUGCUGGGAGCAGCACCACCGGUGCGGGGAACUCAGAUAUUACGGGUGGGUCAGAUCAAGAUGGAGAAAGAUUUAUGAGUAGUGUUCCUCAGAUUCCUUUAAGAACUCUAAGCGACUUGGGUAGGGAAGAAGAUGUGCUGAUUGAGAUCAGUGAGGAAGAGAUUCAAGCUCUAAGGCGGUCAUUUUCGAUGGAUUCCUCAAGCAUGAAUUGCAGGUCUGUUGCUGAUAUGUUACUGAUCAACCGGAUGGAAAAGGAUGCUGAACGUGAACCCACAGGGGAGGGUGUUGAAUGUUCGGAAACCGUAACUGAGGAGCAGAGCAGGUUGAGGGUUUCAAGAUGCAAGAAUUUUUAUUCCGUAAGAGCGCCAUUGAAGAUGAAAAGGCCAUUAUCCGGUGGGAAGUUCCUGUUCUCUAGAUAUGGCAUAGGAAAGAAUGCAAUUCUUCCACUGUGAUGGCGCAGUAUGAUUAAAAUUCAUGUUACAGAGAUAAAAUCCAUUUAUUUGUCUCUCUCUUGAUUUCUCCAUCUUUAUUGAGGAAUCAUUUUGUGCUUCAUAAAGUUUUGUGAAAGUGGGUGUAAACUGCAGACUGUAAGCUCAAAUCCAAGACAGGCCUGAUUGGUGGAAUAGUUGGGCUUUUCUUUUUUGUAGUACAGUGAAGGUGUGAUCAGGAAAUAGGAUACGGAUUUGAUGCUUAUGUUGAAUAUAAUAUGGUAAAUUUGCAGCUGCAAGUUCAUAUACAAGAGUCCGCCUGCUUGGCUGUUUUGUACCAGACAAGGUUAGAAUCUCUUCCCUA